CUCUUCAACCCUCCUUACACCAAAAAAAAAAAAAGUAUUUCGCCAUGGGACAGACAUUAUCGGAGCCGAUUACUGAAAAAAAGACAACAGAAGGGAACGAUAAACGAGUGUUAUACGGGUCGUCGAGUAUGCAAGGUUGGCGUACCACUAUGGAAGACGCACAUACAACGAUAAUCUCGUAUGAGAAUACAGGAGCUAGCUUUUUUGCAGUAUUUGACGGACAUGGAGGCGAUGCGGUAGCAAAGUACAGUGCAAAGGAACUUUACAAGAAAAUCAUGGAGUCACCAUCGUUUGAAAGAGGUAGGUAUCGAGAUGCUAUUCGCAGUGGAUAUUAUGGCAUUGAUGAGGCAUUGAAGAAAGACCCUGAUUUUGAAAAGGACACAUCUGGAUGUACAGCCGUGGCAGCAAUGCUGACGAGAAAUAAUGUGUUAUAUGUAAGUAAUGCUGGUGAUUCAAGAGCGGUGAUCAGCACAAGAGAUGGAAAAGCAAUUCCAUUAUCACAAGACCAUAAACCUAAACAUUCCAUAGAGGAGCAACGAAUUAGAAAUGCAGGUGGAUAUGUAGAGAAUGGUCGAGUGAAUGGAAGCUUAGCCUUAUCCAGAGCACUGGGUGAUUUCAAUUUUAAAACCAACACGGCACUCACACCAGAUAAACAAGCCGUGACAGCUGAACCAGAUAUCAUAGAACAUCUAUUGACAGACAAUGAUGAAUUUGUAGUCCUCGCAUGUGAUGGCAUAUGGGACUGUUUCAGCAACCAGCAAGUGGUUGACUUUGUACGUAACAAACUAUGCGAGCAUAAAUCCUUGGGACCCAUCUGCGAAGAUCUCAUGGAUUACUGCUUAGCAGAAAAAGCCAAUAUGGCAGGUAUCGGAUGUGACAAUAUGACGGUUGUGAUUAUAGCCUUUUUACGUCGACGCACAACCCAAGAUUGGUACGAUUGGAUGGCUUCAAAACCUGCACCUCCAUUACCGAUAAAGAAAGCAAUUUUAAUUGCACCCCAAUAA